AUGCUCUCGCAGACCUCCAACAAAUUGUCCCCUUCCCCAGACCUGGCUACCAUCUCUCCAGACCCCAGCCAAUCAUCUCUCUCCCCAGACCUGGGUACCAUCUCUCCAGACUUCAGCCAAUGGUCCCUCUCCCCAGACCUAGGUACCAUCUCUCCAGACCUCAGCCAAUCAUCUUUCUCCCCAGACCUGGGUACCAUUUCUCCAGACCUCAGCCAGUCAUCCUUCUCCCCAGACCUGGGUACCAUCUCUCCAGACCUCAGCCAAUCAUCCUUCUCCCCAGACCUGGNUACCAUCUCUCCAGACCUCAGCCAAUCAUCCUUCUCCCCAGACCUGGGUACCAUCUCUCCAGACCUCAGCCAAUCAUCCUUCUCCCCAGACCUGGCUACCAUCUCUCCAGACCUCAGCCAAUCAUCCCUCUCCCCAGACCUGGCUACCAUCUCUCCAGACUUCAGCCAAUCAUCCCUCUCCCCAGACCUGGGUACCAUCUCUCCAGACCUCAGCCAAUCAUCCCUCUCCCCAGACCUGGGUACCAUCUCUCCAGACCUCAGCCAAUCGUCUCUCUCCCCAGACCUGGCUACCAUCUCUCCAGACCUCAGCCAAUCGUCUCUCUCCCCAGACCUGGCUACCAUCUCUCCAGACCUCAGCCAAUCGUUCCUCUCCCCAGACCUGGCUACCAUCUCUCCAGACCUCAGCCAAUCGUCUCUCUCCCCAGACCUGGCUACCAUCUCUCCAGACCUCAGCCAAUCGUCUCUCUCCCCAGACCUGGCUACCAUCUCUCCAGACCUCAGCCAAUCGUCUCUCUCCCCAGACCUGGCUACCAUCUCUCCAGACCUCAGCCAAUCGUCUCUCUCCCCAGACCUGGCUACCAUCUCUCCAGACCUCAGCCAAUCCUUAGAAGAGCUCAGCUGCCUCAUUGCUGAAGUCAGAAAGCACAGGUCUGAAUACGGCCUCUGCUAA